GAGCAUUCAAAAGAUAUGUAGGGCUUGCUUGAUUAACGAAUUCUCCAUCCACGAGAGAGCUUUGGAAAUUAUCGUGAAAGAAAUUGGAGAAGAGGGAAAGAGGAGAAAAUGGAAGCGGAGGGAGGAGAUGAAGGAAUAGAGAUGGUGGUGGACUCCAAGGACCUGCAGCAGCAGAGCAAAGCCCUCGACAAGCUCACUGACCGAGUCGAGGAUCGUCAACUCGACUCAACCCGGGUUCAGGAGGCUAUGGCGUCAAUUGCUGCAUCCAAAGAAGCUGAUCUUCAAGCCAUGAGAUUGAGGGAAAAGGAAUUAGCUGCAGUCAAGAUUAAUCCAGAACAUGUUGAUAUAAUUGCCAAUGAACUAGAGCUGGACAAGAAGGUGGCUGAAAGGACUUUGCGUGAGCACAAAGGCGAUCCUGUUGCUGCCAUUCGAGCUCUACUUAACUAAAUGCUGCCAUUCGAGCUUCAAAGACGAGUUUACUGGAUCCUGCUGGCUUUUCUUACUUGUGUUUGGGGCCAUUACGAGACUUGAGCAUGCUUUCAAUCUCUCGAGUGUCCAUGCUUAGCUGUGCAUUUCCUGCUUGUAAAAUUGUGCCGCAACAUCGGUGAAAUUUAUGCUCGGAGAUUUUGUUUUUUGUCAAUUAGUACUUGUUUAUUUUAGUUGAUUUCUCUUUUUCAUGUAAUGAGAAACCCGGUGAAAGGCAUUCCAAUCACGUGGGUCAUCAACCUGCACUUUGGGUCAUCAUUCAACUGGCAUUUCUCCUCUAACUGCAGAUGAACAGAAGUUGUCCGUCUAUGUGCCAAACAGCUUCCCUUGCAUGACGAAAGUGAGAGUGAACUAGAGUAAUUUGUGUUCUAAAAUUCCCUUGCUUCAUCUCCAUCCCCAAACCCGGGCAGAUAUUGAUUGUUUGUGGUUCUGUAAAAUUCGUAAUCUGUGAUAUAUGCAGUAUGAGUAUGCUCCUCCUUGAUG